AUGUCGGACGGAACCCUCUUCAAACCGGAGAAGGACUUCACCAAUGAAGCAGACAAGAUUCUUCCUGAUGCGGAGGCAUUGGCCAAGAAAGAUAUCCAAAGGGGGAUUGACAAAAUCCUGCUCCUCGAAAAACAAGCCCGACAGGCCUCAGAUCUUGCUUCUACGUCCCGUUGUUUAAUUACAAUUGUCACGAUAUGUAAAGACGCGGGAGACUGGAGUUUACUCAACGAACAAGUCCUGCUGCUGUCCAAGAAACAUGGUCAACUUAAACAAGCCAUUACCAAUAUGGUGCAGACCGUUAUGGGAUUUCUCAAUGACACCCCCAACUUGGAAACAAAACUCGGCGUGAUUGAGGCGUUACGGACGGUGACCGAGGGCAAGAUCUUCGUUGAGGUCGAACGGGCCCGGAUUACCCGAAUCCUGUCCGACAUCAAGAAAGACCGAGGCGAUAUCCAAUCAGCAUGCGACAUCCUGUGCGAACUUCAAGUCGAAACGUUUGGAUCGAUGACCCGAAGAGAAAAGACCGAAUUCAUCCUGGAGCAAGUGGCGUUGUGUAUACAAAAUGGGGACUGGACACAAGCGGGCAUUCUCAGUCGAAAGAUUAGCACGAGGUAUUUCGCCCGAAAAGCCAAGAAGACUCCCGAACAAUUGGAGAAGGAGAAGAAAGAACGAGAAGAGAAGGAGAAGAAGAGGUCGGCGGACGAACCCGCUCCGGAACAGGAAGAGGACGUGACCGACCUGAAAUUGCGAUACUACGAACAACAAAUCACCCUGGCUAAGCACGAGGAUAAAUACCUUGAAGUCUGCAAACACUACCGACAGGUCCUGGACACAGAAUCGGUGGAGAACAACCCCGAACAACUGCGCGCCGUCCUCCAACGGGUGAUUUACUUUGUCCUCCUUGCUCCUUAUGACAACGAACAAUCGGACCUGCUUCACCGUAUCUACCAAGACUCCCGCAAUUCCGAGGUCCCCAAGGACGCGGCAUUGCUGAAACAGUUCACUAUCCCUGAACUUAUGCGCUGGCCCAUGGUCGAGCAACAGUACGGUGACCAUCUCUGCUCGACCGACAUAUUCUCCAAGACCCCUGAUGCCCAUGAUCCGAAAGCUCACACUCGCUACGAUGCCCUUCGUCAUCGUGUCAUUGAGCACAACGUCCGGGUUGUCGCCAAGUACUACACACGCAUCUCGUUCCCCCGACUCACCGAACUCCUCGACCUGUCUGAAGAAGAAACCGAAAAAUACAUCUCCGAUCUUGUGACCAAGAAGACGGUCUACGCGCGCAUUGACCGACCAGCGCGAGUAGUAAGUUUCGAAGUCAAGCGCGGGCCUGACGAGGUGCUCGAUGAAUGGAGCAACAGCAUGAAAGGGCUGUUGGGAUUAUUAGAGCGGGUCGGGCACCUCAUGCAGCGCGAAGAGAUGAUGGCCCGUAUCCAGCCCGGCGGCAAGGAAGAAGGCAAAAAGGUCAAGGCUUAG